GCUUUAAAUCGGCCACCUGUUGACCGAGAGUGGACGCCUUCCUAACGGCCCUCCCGCCGCCUCUGGCCCUUUAACUGGUCUUGGGGAUGGAGGGGCGGGGCCGAGCGGCCCCUCGUAGCCAUGGCAACCAGGCCCCGUCUGCCGGGGGGACCAAGGAAGAUGCUCGGCCGGAGCCGAGGCCCCUGAGGGUGACCCUGAAGGUGACCCUGAAGGGACCCGCUGCGAGGCGCUGAGUCCGCGGGCCCGGCCAUGGAAGCUCGCGGGGAGCAGGACGGUGGCCAGGCCGGGGGCCAGGAGGGCGACGCGGGGCAGGUGACGGCGCAGCUGCUGAAGGAGCGCACGGGCGAGUUCGCCCUGGACUCCAUCCUGCUGCUGAAGCUGCGGGGCCUGGGGCUGACCGAGCUGGGCUGCCUGGGCGACUGCACCGCCCUGGAGUGGCUGGACCUGUCCGGCAACGCCCUGACCCACCUGGCCCCGCUGGCCGGCCUGCGCCAGUUGGCCGUGCUCAACGUGUCGGCCAACCGGCUGGUCGGGCUGGACCCGCUGGCCUCCUGCGACAACCUGCAGAGCCUCAACGCCGCGGGCAACCAGCUGGCCGGACUGGGCCGGCUGCAGUGCCUGGCGGGCCUGCGGCGACUGGAGCGACUGCGCCUCCGAGACCCGGUGGCCCGGCUCACCAACCCCCUGUGCGCCAGCCCCGCUUACCGGGGGGCCGUCGGGGACCUGCUGCCCGGCCUCAAGGUCAUCGACGGGGAGCGGGUGUCCGGCCGAGGCAGUGACCUCUACCAGCUCUGUCGCGACCUGGACAGUUCCCUGCGCCGGGGGGGCCCCGGGCCCGGGGAUGCGGCCCCCGGGGUGGUCCAGCCCUGGGUGGAGCCGGGCUACUGGGAGGUGCGGGCCGGCCGGCGCGGGGCCAUCUCCAUCCUGGACGAGGCCUGUCGCCAGUUUCGGGAUGCGCUGCGGGAGUGCCGAGAGCUGGCCCGCACGGCCGACGAGACCCUGGCCCGGGCCGAGCGGGCCCUCACACCCCGAGGGGACACCCCCUCCUCCUUCGUCUUCUGACCUCCCCGCCCCCAGCCCCCCGGGACCCUGGCGCCUCCACCCCGGGCACUGCCACUGACCCGACCUCCCCUCCCUGGCCUUCCGUGGCUUCUCCGCGCUGGACAUUUUCCGGUUCUGUCCCGGCCCGCCGGGCCCGGUGGGAUUUCUAAGCAAUAAAGCCCCCGCGCCUUGGACCACC